GUGACUGGAUAUGUAUGACUCAAGAAAUAAUAGAGGCGCCGGCGGAAUUGCGAACCCCGGGGUUGUCGGAGACCUGAACCAGCGCGCGGGGAGCAGAAUGGGCUAGAUGUACGAGCCUGGCUCCGCUGUUAAGCUGGCUAAAUUAUUGGCUAUAUUAUUAUAAUCAGGCAAUCAGGCAACCCUCCGCCAUCUUCAUUUCAGCGCUGUGAAGGGCGGACGGAUUUCAGGAUGCUCAAUGGAUAUUCAAUGAUACAGCCUGGCUAAGUUCAGUAGCUUCAUAUCAAUAGGUAGGAGGAGGUAUUAUUUAGGCCUCCGACAAACAAGGUGGCUACUACAAACGCUUGGAAACCACCGUGCAUAACGCUCUUAAAAGCUGUCAAUGAGAGAGAGCAUGAAAAUUUCGCGAAUUUCUCGAAUCGACUCUUCUCGACUCCUCUCGCCAACCAUUCCUCAAAGAUCUCAAUCAGAAAAGCAAUGGAGUCACAACAACCACUCAAAGCUGGCCCAUCCAACUACGCCAUCCGAGCUCAACACACCCCAACGACCAUCACAAUCUACCAGGCAUACUCACCGUCAAUCGCCAACGCAGCAGUGGCCGCCGGGAAAUUCGUGGCCCCCUUCAAGCGCAUGACCUGGAUCAAGCCCUCAUUCCUCUGGAUGGCCUACCGCUGCGGCUGGGCGACAAAGAAAGACCAGAAGCGGGUGCUGGCUCUAGAAGUCACGCGCGAAGGGUUCCAUUGGGCACUGGCGCAUGCGUGCCUCAGCCACCCGUCUCCGCACCUGUACGCGGACCAGGCGACGUGGGAGAAGCGCAAGGAGGAGAGCCCCGUGCGCGUGCAGUGGGAUCCUGAGAGGGAUUUCGAGUUCCGCGCGCUUGAGUAUCGGUCGCUGCAGGUUGGGUUGAAAGGGGAGGCGGUGGAUCGGUAUGUGGAUGAGUGGAUUGUGGGGAUCAGGGAUGUUACGGGGCUGAUGCGGGAGGUGGGGAGGUUGGCAGGCGAGGGGAGACUGGAUGAGGCGAGGGAAAUGAUGCCGGUGGAGGAGGAGUAUGUUUUACCGGCGGAUGUGGCAAGGGUUAUUGGUGCGGAUGAAGGGGGGGGGGGGGGGAAGGCUGGGGGGGGGGAGAUAUGAGGGAUAGGAUAUCAGGCCAAAGGGGAUAGAAUAGAUCUGAAUUGAGCAGAAGCAUUGCAUAUUCUCUCCUUGUGAAGAAAUUAUUGAAAACCUUGGAUCUAUCUGUAGUCUGCCCGUACAUGUAUGCUAUGUACAUGUACAGUACAUGUCCCUUUGUAUCAACCUCUGCUACCAAACAAAAAAUGUAGCUGUUGUCCG